GCAAAAGAAUCAUUGCUGGAGGCUUGGAAUGAAAUUGAAUUGAAGGAAGUUAGCCCUCAAUAUGCUGAACAUUUGUAUUUGUAUAAAGAGGCUCGAGCUCAGUUUUUGAAAAAUGACUUAAGAAAAGCAGCUGAUUAUUCACGCCAAAGAAGCCACAAACGAGGCAGUCAACACUGGAAAAUUCAGCGAAGCGGAUGAAUCUCGUGCCUUAUUUACUCAAAUUGGGCUUUUAGAAAGUCUGAUUGCCAUUGAACGAGGAGAAAUCACCGAUGCUUUGAAAAAUCUAGAUAUGGUUCUCCUCCUUGGCACGCCAAAUGAAGGAAUAGCCAGGGCAGCUGACUUGGUGGCUGAGCAACUAUCCAAGGAAAAAGAUUCCAGAGAUGUCAACGAACCUUGGGAGGAUGACAAAAAGGACUUCGAGGGCUGGAAAAACUUUGAGUCUGUGGAGGAAGUUGAAUGUCCUGCUUUAGAGACUUUCUGGCAAAAAUACAUGUGGAAAAAGGCUCCUGUUAAAAUAACAAAGAGUGUCGAGCAUUUUCCAGCAAGAGAGAGAUGGACCAUGAAAUAUUUGCUUCAGGUUGCUGGGCAAAGAACCGUUCCUGUUGAACUUGGUCGAGAUUACACCCAUCCCCACUGGACGCAGCAGUUGAUGCCUCUUUGCACUUUUGUAAAACGUCAUCUUCUUGAGUCCUCUCCUGUGACUGGAUAUUUAGCUCAACACUCGCUUUUCGUUCAGAUACCUAGACUGAUGGACGACCUCCUGAUUCCUGACUACUGCACCUCCACGCCUGAUAUUAAUAUCUGGUUCGGACCAAAGGGCACAGUCUCUCCUCUUCACCAUGACCCCAAGCAUAACCUGUUGACGCAGAUUAGAGGCCAUAAAAGAAUUCUUCUCUUUCCACCUCAGGAAGAAGGUCUCUAUCCUUUUAGUAAAGAGUGCUUAAUGUCAAACACCUCUCAAGUUGACCCCGAGAAUCCUGAUUCGGAAAAGUUUCCGGAGUUUUCAAGUGCUAAAGGACUUUCCUGUGUGCUAGGGCCUGGGGACGUGUUGUACAUUCCACCCAAAUGGUGGCAUCAUGUACGAUCACUGUCGGCUAGUCUAUCAGUCAGUUUUUGGUGGGAAUAAUUUUGUAUACUAAAUUAAUUAAAAAAAAAAAAAAAUUGUAACAAUUAAUAAAAGA